AUGCUCGGCGCGUCGAGUACCCAACCAGUCGACCGCCAGGGAGGUGGAGCUAUUUGGCGCUCCCGCCCAUCAGCUCUCGACCUCUGCCGCGCGCCGCUCCCGCUCGUGCUUCUCUGCGGCUGGUGGGCCGUGCAGAUCCGUGCCGACCUCCUCGGGUUGGUCCGCUACGGCUUCUUCCCGCACGACGCAGCGCACUAUGUCGUGCGGGCAAACCCCUACUGGCCCUUUCCGGAGCUCUCGAUGUUUGCGAUACCGAAGUCCCCGAAUUUCGUCGUCUCAUUUGCGCUACUGUCGGCAGUCGGCGGCACAUAUGUCGUGAUCGCUACGCGUGCGGCUGUGAGGCUCGUCGCAGGAUGA